UUUUUUACCAGCUUCAGAGAUGAGACAAGAUUGGCCACCGCACAGGCACAGCUAGCCACUCUCGAUCUCUUUUUCUUCCUUCAAUCAAAGUACCUAAAUUUAUUGCCGUUAUCUCUGCCUAAUUGCCUAUCUCACACGUCGCAUACUUCUCUCCCCAUUCCCAUCUCCCAACAAAGCAUUCUCACUCUCCAAGCUGAGAGACAUAACAGAUCAGAUCAGGAUCUAUUAUGAAGAAACCAGACCAGACUCGGUUGUCGUCUUCUUCCUACAGGGAAAACAUUGCGCCCGAAACCCUACAUUCUAAGAGCAUCGGAUGCAUGUCUGGCCUUGUCAACCUCGUUUCCAAGUACCAUAAUCGCCGCAAAUUCCUCACUUUCGGAAAGAAGCAGGAAAAGAUCAAUGCGGUCUCGUCUCCUGCUAAACCAAAACCCUCCUCGGUCUCAACAACCCAAGCUUCCCCAUCAGUCGUACUGCAAGAGCAAAGCGCAAAGGAGGGAGAAGACGCGGCCGUUGAUCUACGGAAAUUGUCUUGCGACAUGCAAAGGAGCCCUACACUUCCGGCUGAGAUGCGGCGCUCGAAAUCCUCAAACUCGCGGCAGCACUUCCGGAAUCCGCCGGCGCUGAUGGCGAGGCUGAUGGGAUUGGAGGGAAUGCCGGAAUCGGCAGCUGAGAAGAGAAGGAAGCUCUUAGGAGCGCUGGAGAAAUGCAACGAGGACUUGAACGCGCUCAGGAAGAUCAUCGAGUCUGUACAGUUUUCGGAGCGGCUGAAAUCAACAGACGCGGGUCAACCUGUUGACGGGGAAACUAAUAGGUUGAAAAGGUGCUCGGAGUUCAAUAAUGGCGAGCAACAGCAGCCGAGUCCGGUGUCCGUGCUGGACGAGUUCACUCCUUCACCUUCGAGUACUACUGGACAGUACUGCCACUCCAGAAGACACGCAAACGCAGGAAGCAGACUAGUACAACAACAGCAUCAAAAGCAACUGAGGAAGAAGCCAGGGGAAGAGGAAACCACAAAGAUAUAUUUCCACGACAGAAUCAAUAUUAUUAGCACCACCGAAACAGUAGAGAGGAAAGGAUCAGACAACGUCGUAGGAUCAAUAAUAUCGUCCAUAUGGAGCAGUAAAGCCAUGAUAGAGAGUGUGGAGGAAGUGUGUAGGGAUAUUGAUUGGGGAAAGAGGAGAGAAAUUGGAAGAAUUGGGUUGGCUCUACAGGAUCACAUUUGCAGGGACUUGAUUGAGGAGAUGGUAGGAGAAAUGCAGCAGGGAUGUUGUUGCAUGCUGCAGUAUGCAUUACCACUUGAGGCUUGUAAGAGAAGAUUAUGUUUCUGAUGAUCAUGAUCAUUGCGUGUUGCAAUAUCAUUGAUUGAUAUAAAAACAAAGAUGGUUUUGCUAUAAAUAAUGCUUUAUUAAUUCUUUUUGUGCUGUUUGUUUUUGGUUCGUGUUGUAAAAUAUAUA